GCAACUAAUCGUGUCUGACACCUUGUGUACUAUACCCGCUUCCUUCUAAACAAAUAGCUAUUAAUCUUAGAUUGUAGUAUGAUAGCAGCUGCCUUUAUCCUACCUAACAUAGCUUUGGCUACACAGCAAGGAUAACCCUGUGCAACUAUGACACUCCGAGCAAUCAUACUCCUCUUGGGCAUAAGCUUUACAAUCACCCCCUGCCUUAGCCUCAGCGUCAACUUCGAUACUCCAUACCAGGAGCUAUAUGCGCCUAUAGACUACGCGGUUGUCGGACAGCAGAAGUGUGGUACGAGCUCGCUAUGGAACUACCUACGAGAGCACCCGGAUGUUACAUGGCAUGGUGGCGCCAAGGAGUCGCUCUACUUCCAUGGUGAUUGGCCCGGCAGCGCUUUCUGCGACAACCAAAUAGAGCACUACCUUCGAGUGGGUGGCUUGAUGCGGCAGCUGCGCAACCGCACCGACCUCAAGGUGGGCGAUUGGUCGACCUCGCAUCUGUCGUGCAUCUGCUGCCCCAUCAUCUUUAAAACCAUAAACCCGAAAAUCAAGAUCAUCAUGCUCCUCCGCGACCCUAUUCAACGGGCACUGAGUCGUUUCCUGGAACAAAAGGAGCUGUGGAAUGGUCCAUACCAUAAGCAGGCCCAAAACCAUACGUUUGCAAGUUGGAUUAACCAAGACAUGAGUGCCGUACGGGGAUGCAUUGCGACAGCGUCGAUAUACGACACCCCCAACGUACAACAACAGCAACAACAACGGCAUCACCAACGGUUACAACGCCGUCGGUUACAACAGAAGCAGCAACUAAAGCUUCAAACCCACCGACGCAGUCUUCAUUCCAUACUGGACGGCAGUAGCAGUGGCAGCAGCAGCAGCGGCAGUACCGUUAUCAAAACGGAGUCUGGAAUCACUCUGACCCUCACUCCCAUAUCCACUACUACUACCUCUGCCGGACCCUUCACCCAUGCGGCCACCGCCACUGUUCCUACUACCACCGACACCACCACCACCACCACCAUCGCAGCUGCAUCCACCACCACCACCACCACCACCGGCAGCUCCUAUCUCCGGGGAAGCAGCUCCCCACCCACCUCCAUACCUCCUUCCCAGCAGCCCUCUUCCAUCUCCUCCACACCAGCAGCUCUCGCCACCUCCUCCGUCAACCCCACUGCCCCCGCCACCGCCUCCGCUGCCACCCCGCUCGCCACCUCUUCCGCCACCAUCUGGAGCGCCGGCAGCGCCGCCGCCACCUCCUCCACUGACGCCAUUGCAGCAGCUGCCGCCCAAUCUGCCGCAGCGGAUGCAGGCGCCUCGGGUGUGUUUGCUAGUAGCAGCAGCGGCAGCGGUUCUGUCGCUGCCUCAUCAGCUGCCUCCGCCUCCUCCUCCGCACCAUCCGCGUCGUCAGCAUCCUUCGCGGGUUGGGGUGCGGGCAUGCCGCUUGCAAGGUGGAUGGAGGCGCAGUGCCUGUCCAGGAGCAACAUCGUUGGCUGGUCGGCGUACGACAUAUUUGUGGAGAACUACCUGGCGUACAUUCCGCCCGAGCAGUUGCUUGUGUUGUACACGGAGGAGUUUGCGGAGAACCCGUUGGCGACUGUGCGGAAGGUGGAGAGCUUUCUGGGUGUUCAGCCGGCGACAUACACCCAAAAGACGCUGUCAACGGUGUUUAACAUGAGAGGCUGCUACAACUGGAACUGCGCAAGGCAUCGGAGCGCCCUCAACCCCAACUCCUCCUCCUCCUCCAGCCACAUCCAGCAACCCCACAACCAAGCAGCUGCUGCUGCCGUUGAAGGAGCCGCUGCUGCCAGCCUCUCAGCGACCUCCCCUCCGCCCCCUCCUGAUCCCAGUAUCGCCCGCAUCGAUCCUCAGCUGAUGGCUCGUCUCACAGCCUUCUACAGGCCCUACGUGCAACGGCUGUUCAGGUUGGCUGACAUGGGAGCCAUCCCACCGCCGCCGAGUAGCUGGCGUACGACGUAUGCGUAAGGCGUACGGUGUGAGGCGUACGGCGUGACGAACGAACGGUUGCCUGUUACACGGUUAGAAGCGAGUUGCUCCACCAAACGUACUGUGAGUGUGGCAGGCAGGUGGAAAGCACAUGGGGGUGCGAUGGGGGCUGUGGUAGUGGUGCUGGAUAGGGUUUUAUUUUAAUGGGGUCGGAUAAGGAAUUGGGGUUAGGUUGCCUGGGUUGAGGUGUGUCUAAACCCUGCACGCACCCUUGCACAUCACAAGUCUGACAUUGUUACGGUUGGCUGUGUACAUAACCCGUUGCGGAGUCUCGGGACACCGUCGCCAGAAGGUGACCAUCACGCACCCAUGCUUGAUGACAACGACGUGGUUUUGAGCGGGUACAUGGUAUAUAGCUGGACACCCGUAUGCAUGAGAGCAACCAUCUCACCACAUAAUUCAGUUGGAUUGACAGCGACCAACGAAUAACGACCAACGACCGGGGCCAUGCAUGCACUGAGCAGUCGCGGGGUGCCGGUCCACCACGCGCACACGCGGCCAGAUUUCCUGAACACACCCACAUCUUGGAGCAAGGAGCCCCUAUUAGACUGCUGUUGACGUUGUGUGUGGUAUUGUCAAGAUGUGUGCUUGUCCCGAUGUUUGAUGUGCUUGGUUUGGCUAAUAGAUGCAUUGUGAGGCAGACCCAAAGGUUGUAAAAGGAGAUGAACUAAGGCUUUCUUACUUGGUGCUGUGAUCCAAGGAUCAUGUGAUGGAUGAGGUAUUGUUUCAUUGUGAUAUUGUGAUGUGAUGCUGCAGUAUAGGUGCAUUUAAAGCCAUCACAAUGUGAAGAUGACUACUACUCUACACGGCCCUGUGGCGUUUGCGUGCUAAAAACCGAUGAAAUGCCUAGAGACUGUAUGUCCAUUGUUUCUGCCCGGCUAUGGUUGCAGUUAGCCCGAAUCUUUAUCCGCCGGGGCUUUCAGAUGUUGGCGUGUGGGGUUUAGUUUGUCCCAGCGGUCCGUGUUUGCGUCCUCAGCCCUCGACCUAAAGUGCUACUUGUCCUGCAAUGCAUUGCGCCUCGGUCUGUGUCCCGCAUUCACGCCCACGGUAGCUCCUUCGCUUCCGACCCAUGGGUCACAGCGGGGCCCAUUCAAGCCACGGGUCUGCUGUGCUGGCGGCGAGAUGGUCACACCGGAUGUGCAUGACACCCACGUACUGGUUGCAGCAUGUCUGUCUACUGACGGGUCGUACGACACUCUUUAAACAAAUCCAGGGGCUUGUGUCGUUCUAUUGUUUCAUGCAAAAGGUCUUGGUGUUAAGCGAUUUUGUGUUGAGCGGACAUGGGUGUGAAACCAUGUAAAGCUGCUGCUCUUUUUUCAUGUUAUGCGUUAGGUAAGCAGUUUGCGUGUUGCAUGAGGCUGGGAGGGUCUUUUGGGGCUCCUUGCCAAGCCGGUCGUCUCACGUUUGAAGCAGAGCUUGAUGCUGGCGACGGUGUGAGUCACGUGAAGACGAGUAGGUCAAUCCUCGCAGCCAAGGCUGUUGGAGAAAAUGUAUGCCGUAGAACAAGGGAAGAGCCGCAGCUGCGAGGAACCUUUACCAGUACGGCGGCUGGGUGCGGAAUGUACGUAACGGCAUGCACGUUCUUUGGAAUUUUGCAUUCAUGAGUUAUAUUGGGCGUUGCAUAUGGAAAGGGCAAUAGGGCCUAACGCUACCGUCAUUACAUGGAGGCGGGAAGUGAGGGAGGCCGGUUGGGAUCGGGCCUCACGUUUAUGUAAGAUUGCUUCGGACACGGAAA